AUCGGAACCAAUUUUUGUAAUUGAUUGGAAACAGUAUCAUCUAUCAUCCCCUAGGUAUUUAUUAAAGACAAACAAUAACACAAGCUAAGUUAAUAAGGUAAAUGUAUGAAAGUAAUCUUCUGUAAUAGCCUGAAACAUAAAUAAACUGUAGGCUUGACAAUUAUAAUUAAGUACAUUAGUAAUAAUGGAAUUUUAUUUUAUUGCAAUAUUACAUUCCACCGUUACCAGCAUUGUGUAAACAUGUAUCAACCAAGAGUUAGAAGAAUAUUUGUGCAGGAAGCAAUGAAACAACGGAUACCAAAUUCCCUAUUAUCAUUUUUCGUGCUGUACCAAAUAGUUUUCGGUUUUAAAUUCGGAUGCACCAAAGUGAUGAAUAUGAAAUUUAAAAUGGUAGCUCAUUGGUUUUCUAUCGUCAUGGGUUGCUUAAUGAUGUCGGCCUUAACAUUGACAUUCACCGCGAUGCCAGAUGCAGGGGGGAGUGGGCAUUAUUGGAGGCAUAUAUCAUUCGCGCAGUACAUACCGACUUUUUGCAUAUUGAUCUCAAUGAAGUAUACGGUUUGUGAGUUCUUGUCAGACUUAAUUGUGGCACCAGAUUCUAACAGAAUAGGGCUGGUGGCUUGGGUUUACACAUUAUUGAUGUUUUCAUUAAAAAUAAGCGGAGCAAUGUUGUAUUGUGCACUGACGACAUGCACAGAAAGGAGCGAAAUGUUUCUACAGUUUUUCAUUCAUGUCCCUAUGCUUGCUUUGGACGUUAUACCCGUGGUUAAUAGUCUUAUAUUCUACCACAUUUACACUCGAGUGAGGAAUUUGAAAAUUAAACUAUCGCAGCGUGAAAUUAGCUUGGUGCAAUUAGAUAUUGAGUAUAAAGCUGUAGCGGAUUGUUUUGAUAAAUUCAGGGGAGGUUACGAUGCUAUGUUCAUUUGGGGGUUUUUAACGGACUCUCCUAAAUUCAUGCUUGUGAUGUGGAACCAUCUCCAUUCAAUGAGGACAUUCAAAUCAUGGCUUAUGAAAUCAUCAACAUACGUGUACGCGAUGCACGCUACGUUGCAGAUCUGCAUUCCGGCGGUAUUCGCUGAAAUGAUAACCGCUCAGACUGACGAGAUUAAAAUGAUUCUGCAUGAGUGGCUUUUGACCGAAAAAGACACAUCAUCAUCCGCUCGCAGCCUGCGCUACGUCGAGGCACGACCACUCCUGCGCAAAGCAUGGCGUCUCCUGCCUCUGGACCUGCGCUUGCCCACCACCAUGCUCUCCAUGUGUGCUACGUACCUCAUCGUUAUCAUACAGUUCACGCACCUUUACGACUAGUGUCGUCUCAAAUUUUCGAACCGAUACGACCUUCAAACCUUGAAGAAAAGAGCGUUCUCCCACCUUAACACCCAGCCAGCCACGAACUACGAGCGUAGCCGAUGACAAUGGAAAACACCGUAUGUAUAGCGAAAAGCGCUUACGAACAGAGAACCUGCCUAAAUGAGUACCGGACACCCGCUCAGCGGGUUCCCUGUUCGUAGUCGCUUUCCUCUACAAAGCGGGAAAACUCUGCGAUCGGCUACGAGCGUAGCGCUACGAAAACGUUGGUAGCGAAAGGCCGACCACGCUCUUACAAGUCUUACAACCCUUCGGCUGCCUUUCGACCAGAGAUAGCUCCAGCUACAGCUACGUUUCAAAUGUAUGGAAACAUAGCAUAGCACAUGUCUGGUCGUAAGGCACCCUUCGGGCCGUACAGCCUUACAUCCAUGGCCGACAGUAAUCGCUUCUGAGAUGUAAAUAUCGGUUUGUAGGGUUCCG